UAUGUUUCAGUACUUAUUUUGCUAGAUUUAUAGCAGGUUAAACAUUAUAAUGGAUUUGUUAGAUGAAUGGUUAGAAGAACUAAUAAUCACAGACAAAAAAGUAGAAGAAGAAAGGCUAAAAAUGGAAGCAUAUCUAGCUCUUCCCACUCCAGUAGUGGAUCUUAUAUUUGUCACAUGUGUGUAUUUUGAACAACCCGAUGAGGUUCGUUACCUAGCGGUAGAAGUGUUUGAUAGAUUCAUUAGAUUACAUUUUGAAGAUCUUCAAAAAAAGGUUUGGACUAAAAACGAAAUUUCUGCUCAAGAACAUUGGAAAAAGGUUGAAAAGAAGCUAGGCACACAAACUUCAUUGAGAAUGCUAUCUUGCAUCCAAGUAGCCUCUAAAUUCAUUAUUCAACCUAAAGUGGUGAAACCUAAGGAUAUUCAGAAAUAUUUGGAACUUGAAGGUAAGAAUUUCAAACUAUCUAUGAUCAUGGCUUCAGAGAUUAGAGUUCUAAAUACGUUGGACUUUAAACUACACUUCCCAACUGUUUUUACUAAUGUAGGAAUGCUUUUGGAGCAAAUAUGGUCAUCAGAGCACGCACACAUUCUUCCAAAAGAUGUUUACCAAACAGCUUUACUGUUGACAGACGUAGUUUACUUACACCACCAAGAAAUAUUUUGUAAACUUUUCUACUUGAUGACUGGUAGGUGGGAUGUUGUACCCGAGGAGAAACAAAACUUUCAGAAGACAGAAUGCAAUAUGUUGUAUCAAGCUGCAGCUGUUGUAGCCUUGGCCGUUUCAUUCACUUCGACAGAUGUUGAUGAGUUAAUACAUCGGGAACUUUCAAAUCUCACAAACUUAUCCUUGGGUGAUAUCAGAGGUCUGGUGAAGAUAAUUAAUCAAAUCGUCCUAUCAUAAGGUUCUCAUGUGAAUAACUUAGGUGUUGUACGUUUAUGUUUGACAUACAUUUAUAUAGGGUCUGUUUAGCAUCCAUUUACUAAAAUCUUUAAUGCGUUUUGUACAAAGUAGCUUAUUACUUUAAAUGUUAUUAUUGUUUGUAAUUUUUUAGAAUGGUUGUUGUAUUUAGGUCAAAUCAGAAGAAUGAUUUUUAUUACAUUAAUUUCAAAAGGCUAUUAGUAUUGGUAAUGUAAAUAUUAUAUUACAGAUUCAUUUUGUUUAAUAAUAAUGAAGUUUCAGAGGUGUUGUUA